UAGUAAGUUCCGUGGGCAAAAAUUGUCACUUCCGUAAAUUCCCCUAAUAAGACUAGUACAAAUUCAAGUCUCGGUCACUCUGAAGAACAUCGCAACAAGAAACAACACACAACUUUCGAACAAGAACUUUUAAAAAGAACAAUCAGAAAGGACUAUUUAUAUAUACAAGUGCAUGAAAUAACAUAAAAAAUGUGGAAAGCGUCUAUAGUAACCGUUCUUGGAUUUUUUUUUGUUUUUGCCUCCGCCCAGCAGCAACAAUUCAAUUCAGCAUGUUUAGCUGGUUUUGACAAAGCAUUUCGAAACUGCUUCGAAACAAAUGGAGGCUUCACCUUGGAUCUUGUUUUCUCUAUCAUAACGAAUGGAACAAGUGGCCCUUUACCACAGAAUACAAACAAGGAACAACUCGUAACAAAAGUUUGCAGUUCUCGUGAAUCUAUCGGGAAAUGUGUUGGGCCGAUUCCAGGAUCCUUGACCAGUCUGAAAUGUACUGACCAAGAGAAUCAGAUGAUGCAGAAUACACUACAGAGUACUGGUCGAGCUCUAGGUGGACUAUGCGAUGGCGAUGCAGGUGAAGGUCAGAUGCCACCAUGUUUGGCUAAAUUUGAUAAGAAAUUCCGGGCCUGUAUGACAGAGAAGAAAAUAGUUGCUGAAAACUUUUUCAAGUUGUUGUCCAAUACAUCAGACGGCACUGGCAUGACAAUGCAACAACUUAAGAACACCACUUGCAGUUCAGGUAUGCAACAGGUGAUCGUACAGUGUGCCUCUGGAACUCUCCAGUCACUUACCACAAACAAAGAGUGUACACAACAAGAGUCCUUCAUGGUCGGACAGACGCUUCAAAACAUGAUGGCAACUUAUCAAAGCAUUUGCACAGGAAAACCUAUCAUUGGACCAGGAGGGGCACCAUCUGAAUGUAUCAUUAAAUUUGAAACCGAUUUAAACCAAUGUUCUAUGGAUGAAAUGAAGAUUCCAGUACCAGAUUUAAUGAUGCUGUUGACAAAAGGACAGGUUCCUCAAGGACAAGAUAUGUCACAACUUAAUCAAACCAUUUGCAAAAAUUUCCAAAAGUUUGAAUUAUGCGGUAAAAGUGCUGUAGCCGACAGUGGGUGUACACAAAGAGAUUUACUUAUCACUGAAGGAACUUUUGCUAACAUGGUCAUAACUGUCGGUUCUUACUGUCAUGAUACCUCUGUACCAGGCGCAUGUAUGCUCACACUCCAGCAGCAGUUCAAGAAGUGUUUUGCAGAGAAUGGUGUCGAUGCCAAAAAGUACUUCCAGAGCGUAUCCCAACACAAAGGUGCUCUUCUCGGAACAUCAAAGGCCGAGGCAGAGGAAUACUGCAGCAAACGCCAUUCACUGUACAUUUGCAUGACCAAAGUUAUCCACCAAUGCCCCGGAGCUGAACAGACUAUGUCUAUGACAGGAUUUGAUCUAGCCGCCAUGGAACGUGCUGUAGGAAUGUUGUGUGCAGAUAUUCCAGAAUACCUGUUAGGUCUGAAGUGUUUUGAAAAACCAACAGCAAAAGCCAGUACAUGUACAUCCGACAUGGCUAAAGGUAUUACCAGCAUAUCCGCCAAACAAAUGAAGAACGGUCUAUCUAUGGAAGGAUUCUUUAACGAUUUUUGCGAUGUCCGUGUAAAGCAAGUACAGUGUGAUGCUAGUGCAUGGCCAACAUGUGAUCCUAAAGCUGUGUUAUUGAAAAGAAAAUUCGAGUGUCACAUGCUUCCCACCAGAUGUCACGAGGUCAAUGAAGAUGAAAUCCGUCAAAUCUGCCCAGAAGAAGCCAUUUUGCAAGCAGAAAAGUGUGUAGUCGACGUUAAACAGAACAUUAAGAUGUGUCUUGACAACUAUAACAUUGAUCCUGAUAUAUUCCUUGUUAAUAUAACUCAUGACAGAACUAAAAUCCUUGGAACCAGAAACAUAGCUCAGAAAUUCUGCCAAAACAGAAAGCAGGUGUACAAAUGUAUUAGAGACACCAUCAGCAACUGUCCAGGUGCUAAAGAGAAACUUAGCAGAUGGGGUCAUCAACAGAAUCUUCUAGAAGAUGCACUCAACAUCGUCUGUUCUGAUCUUAAUGUGUAUGCACAAGGAGUUACAUGUAUGCCUGACAGUGCUAUUCAGACAUGCGUAAAACAGUCCGAAAACCGAUUAGGAACAUUCUACAAUCAAGCCGACAAAAUGUCUAAUGGAGAAUAUUUCAGAAACUUUUGCGAAGUAAAACUUGACCAUAUGCAAUGCGAUAUCGACGCCAUGAGAAAACAACAGUGCAGUGAUGCAACAAUUGGUUUGAAAACAGAAUUUGAAUGCAAACUGAUUCAAGAUAGAUGUAUUGGAUUAAAGCGAAAAGCAAUCGAUAAUAUAUGUAAUGAAAAUAGCUACAACAGAGCCAGCAGACAAUCUGCAUCAACUAAUAAUAUUGGACAAGCAGGCGGAAAUGUUGCAGAUAACGGUGCAGCUUCAAUGACCAUCACAUCUGCAAUAAGUGCAUUCGGAGCAUCUUUAUUUGCAACAGUAUUCUUGUUUUUGUAAAAAAAAAAGCGUCAAAUUAGCAAAGUUCAUAUCCGCUCCAUGCCAUACUACGUAAUACUGAGGCCCCUCUUUAGAGUAACGAAGUAAUCACAUUAUCACAAAAUGUUUGCCUAUAUAUAUUCACAUAAUCAUUUAACUAUUUUUUUAUAAAGAGAUACUCAAAUAAUCAAAAACACAUUCCUAGAUUAUCAAAUAAUCACGAGAUAUUUGGUCUGGUAUUCAAAUAAUCAUGGAAUAAUUAGUCAGGUAGUCAAAUGAUCACUAUCAAAACGGCCAAGUAAUCACUUACUCAGAACCCCACGAGUAGGCUCCAUUGCAGAGCAUGGAUAUGAACUCUGCGCUAGAAAAUCGAAGAACCCAUGUGAUCUUUGUCUUUUUGAAACACGAACUUGUCUACAAAUUUAAAGUAAAACAGGGCAGUGCUAAUAUUCUCUCUGUUUCUGCUGAUAUUGUUAUGGAUUUCUACAAAGAAUAUGUGUGUGAUUUAUUUUUUGUUAGAGUGUGUGAAAUCAAUGAAAAAAACUAAGUAAACGAGAAUUAAGCGAGAGUGUGUGUGUAUGUGUGUGUGUAUGAAACUGUGUGUGAAUUAUGUUUUUGCUUUGAGAAAUGCAUAAGAAAAAUCAAGUAGAUAAAAGAUUUCCGAAUGCCAUGACUUGUCUAUUUCUUACUGAACCCAGAUCUCCUUUGCAGUGGUCGAAUGAAGACUUAUAUGAUUGAAAUAUGGUCUGAAUGACAUACUCGUAGAUCGAUUUUGAAAAUGUAUAAUUUAUUUAAUUUAACUGAACUUUAUUUAUUUAUUUAUUAUUGUUUGAUAUCGCACUUGUUUUACACAAAAUAUGUCUUGUUGAGCUCAAUAAAACAAAAAUAGAAUACA